AGGUUCAAGUGUUCAACAAGGAUCAAGUAGGUUGAACUUGUAAAGUCUAGCAUACCACUUGACUUGACAAGUACAGCUGUGAUAGACAAAGAAACAAAUAGCCUAAUCCGCAAAGUCCAUCGGUUUCGAUUCAUAGUAAACUUUUAACAUAAACAAACCAAGCUGUGGAUCCUGGAGCUCUAAAACUGUGUUUUGUAGGUCUCCAUCGGUAUAAGGACCAUCAUGAGCGUCAUAACAUCCAAACUGACCAGAGAUCAAGAGAGGAUGAUCUGUUCUAUGUUUGGCUAUGCCAAACUUAAUCUGAUAUACAAAGCUAGUGUCCAUAGCUAUAAUAAUAAUAACUUUCACUAUAAGUGCAACCAACAAGGCCCUACCCUGACUGUUGCCUACAACAACACAGGAUUCAUAUUUGGGGCAUACAUUAGUAAAGAUUAUGCACAAACAGGGCAAAAUAUUGUCGAUGAAAAGGCUUUUUUGUUCAGCUUUGAUGGAAGAGAGCAAAACCCCGAGCCUUAUCGUGUUACAAGUACUGGCCAGUACUCCUUCAAUGAUGGAGACACUGGGCCCAAUUUUGGGUCUCUGGUCUUCCUCUUCAACAAUGAAGCUGCCAUCCAAAGUAACCCAGGGAAUUUCUUCAACUUCGAUCCAUUAAAAAUGCAUGGAAAUGAUUUGGUACUGACUGAGUGUGAAGUCUACAGAGUUGAGGAGUGUGAUGCUCUCUUGGCAAAGCCUUGGAGGAAUGUCACAUGGAAUGCUGAGUGUAAAAAAGGCCUAAUGGAAACCAUUGCAAACUGGAAGUCUGACAUUAACUCAGUGAGCCAAGCCCGGAUACUGCUUGUUGGGCAGGUGGGGGCUGGGAAGUCGAGCUUCUUCAACUCUGUCAGUUCAGUAUUCAAAGGUCAUGUGACAAGUCAGGCCAACACAGGCACUGCAGGGACCAGUCUGACCACACAGUUCCGCACCUACUCUAUCAGAGGAGGACACAGUAAGAAGCCCCUGCCAAUUGUUCUGUGUGACACCAUGGGACUGGAAGAGGGCUUAAAUGCUGGUUUGGAUAUAGAAGAUUUCACAAGCAUUCUCAAGGGACAUGUACAAGACCGCUACCAGUUCAACCCAUCAAUGCCCUUGCAAGAGGAGGCUCCUGGUUUCCGCAAAUCUUUCACACUGAAGGACAAGAUCCACUGUGUGGUCUAUGUGAUAGACACCGCCAAAGUCAAACUCCUCCCAGCCAGAAUGAUAGAGAAAUUUGCUGCUUUCCGCAGGAAAACCAACCAGCUAGGUAUUCCUCAGCUCGUGCUCAUGACCAAGGUGGAUGAGGCCUGUCCCUUAGUUGCAGAGGACCUGAAAACUGUUUACUGCAGCAAGAACAUUGAGGCAAUGAUGCGUGAGGUUGCUGCCCAGCUGGGCAUGUCCAUGUCAGCUGUGAUUCCGGUGAAGAAUUACAGUCAGGAGCUGGAGCUGGACCUGCACACAGACAUCCUGCUGCUCAACUCUGUCAUCCAGAUGCUUUGGGUGGCAGAAAGCUACUGCGAUGAUCUCUUCCUGGACGAAGAAGAGAAGGCUGACUAGAACUUGCAUUUAGUGAAGCUCUGACUUAUUUGCAUUGCAUUUUUAAGAAUCCUUAUGCUGCAGGUUCCCUUUAUCUCCUAUCACCUUACAAGUUCAUGUGUUCAAGGAAAUGGUUCAUGUAGAUCCGCCACAGUUCAAACUGUUUUUUUUCCUGAGGUACCAACAUAUACAAAUUAAAUGCAAGUCAACAUUA